AUGGCGUCGCGCACACGGCUGAUGGCCUCGACAGGCUCCAGCUUACUCAGGAACUCGCGAACACUGGCAAUUUCAAGAUCAUCGCCUCUCGCUACUGCCUUGGCCACGUCGUCUGCCCGCAGCUUCUCGCAGCUCACCUCGCAUGCCUCGUCCAACCCAGCCAGCGUCUUCGGCUCCUUUGGCGGACAGUCAUCCCAGAAUGGACCACCCACCUACUUCUCGUCGCAAAAGCGCACUCCUGCAAAUACCAUUAUUCGAUUCGUGCCGCAACAAACAGCAUGGGUUGUCGAGCGUAUGGGAAAGUUCAACAGGAUACUGGAGCCUGGCCUAGCGGUUCUAGUGCCAGUCAUUGACAAGAUCGCCUACGUCAAGAGCUUGAAGGAGAAUGCCAUUGAGAUUCCCAGUCAGAGCGCCAUCACGGCCGACAACGUGACCUUGGAGCUCGACGGUGUUCUGUACACGAGGGUGUUUGAUGCUUACAAGGCCAGCUACGGUGUUGAAGACGCAGAAUAUGCCAUCUCCCAGCUUGCGCAGACGACGAUGCGCUCCGAGAUCGGCCAACUCUCGCUCGACCACGUCCUCAAGGAACGCGCCAACCUGAACGCAAACAUCACCGCCGCCAUCAACGAGGCCGCACAGGACUGGGGUGUCACCUGCCUGCGUUACGAGAUCCGCGACAUUCACGCGCCAGAGCCUGUCGUCGAGGCCAUGCACCGUCAAGUCACGGCCGAGCGCUCGAAGCGUGCUGAGAUCCUCGAGUCAGAAGGUCAGAGGCAAUCCGCCAUCAACAUCGCAGAGGGAAAGAAGCAGUCCGUCAUCUUGGCAUCCGAGGCGCUGAGGGCGGAGCAGAUCAACAUGGCGAAUGGUGAGGCUGAGGCUAUUCUGCUCAAGGCUCGCGCCACUGCAAACGGUAUCGACGCUGUCGCACGAGCUAUUGCGCAGGGUGAGGACGCCGCACAGAACGCCAUCUCGCUGUCCGUGGCCGAGAAAUACGUCGACGCAUUCGCAAACCUGGCCAAGGAGGGUACAAGCGUCAUCGUCCCCGGAAACGUCGGCGAUAUUGGUGGCAUGAUCGCGAGCGCCAUGGCAGUAUACGGCAAUGUCAACGCCUCGCAGGGCAAGAACUCGUCUGGAAAGCAGAUAGAGGGUUCUCCGGCAAGCAAAAAGAUUGCAGAGCUGCAACAGCGACUACACGACGCCGAGGGCGGAUCCAACCAGGUCCAGGACGAGAUCACAAGAGUCAUGGACCAGAGGCUGAACAAGAGGUAGAAAGCAAGAGCUGAUCACGACACGACUGUAUAUUAUUCUCGCUGUACAACAGCAUAGGCCAACGAGCAGCGGCGUUAUGCAUAGCUUGGGUCCAUUGGGAUGUGUUAUCCAAAAGCAGCGUCUUUUUUUGACUCCACUUCUUAUGUCGAUACAAAGUCAAUCAACACUUCAUCAUGUCAACCGCUGCAGUGCAUCCAAGAUUAGCUUCGCACUCUGCUCUCCGUCCUCCCACACAAAGUUGUGCGUGCCUUUGAUGUCCCGAACCUCGAGAACUCUUCUCCCAGUCACAAUAUUUGCUUCUUCAUCACCAUCCUCCAUGACUAUGCUCCACCCCUCGCGGUCAAAGGCCACGCACAUGACAUCCCUCUGCGCCCUCUCCACCAACUCAUCCUCAUAACUAUGCGCCAGCACAACCAACUUGCCUCCCUUCCACACAUCCUUCCCAUACCGUCCCGCAACCGGCGACACGCCCUGGUACACACUACUGUCGGUCCCAAACGCCCCGCUGAUCAGUGUGCUGUAGAUCACAGCCACAUUUUCCGGCACCGCAGGCGGCAAAUGAUUCCGCAGCAACAGCGGGAUGUUGUAUAUCCCCGCAAUCAAGAUCAACCCUUCUGGACCUAGCCCAAUGUCCCCUGUCAUCCCCGAGACGUAAUGGCAUAGCAUCGUUGCGCCACAGGAAUGCCCGAGUCCUAUCCAGCGCUUCAUGCCAUGUUCGCGCUGCAGGAAGGACACGGCGGCGGCGAGAUCCUCGAUGUGCGCGGGGUGCGCGACGUUUCUGUCUGGAUCGGAGGGGUCCGAGGGGUGUGUGGGAUGCGAAGGGUAUGGGGAGAGGCGGUAGUUGAGGGAUGCGAUGCCUGCGAGAUUAGAUGGCGGGUUGGAGGAGAGAUGUUUGAUUGUGGCAUUGGC